AUGGCUUCCGCGAGCGCCUAUCUCCGCACUCUCCGUUACUCGUCCCCUUUCAUCAUUGUCACCUGCGCCGGUUUCCUUGCUAUUGCUGCUGCUUGCUUUGUUCCGCCGUCAAAACGAGCCACCCUCAGCGCGUCGCAACGAGCUGUUUCCAAGCACUUCACCGUCGCAAUAUGCUCGUUACACUUUCUCGAGGGUCUUCUGCAAACUUUGCGCGCGGCUUUUGAAGCUGACUGGGCGGCUGAACCGGAUGCCGUCGUGUAUACGACGCUCAACUUCUUGCUGUGGCUGGUCAGCUUGCUCAUUCACUCCGACGCAAGACGGCUAUACUGGCUCCCUAAUCUGGUCACAUGGAUCCUCGCAAUGUUUCUGGACACCACUAUUACGCUCUCAUCAUUUCAAUCAGCUCGACAUUGCCCUUUUGAUUUCGUCAAACUGUCAAUUGGCCUCCUGCGCAUUGCGUCGCUCGUGGUUCUCUGCGUUUCCAUGACCGCAUCAGCCGAGGUCUCACCUCCGAGAGACGCUGAACGGGAGCCUCUAUUACAUUCAACGCAAACGAACCUUUCCGCUAGCUCGAUCAUUGGUUUCCAAGACGUCAAGUGUGAUGAGGACGGAGCCGAAGGCAACACUCGACCUUCGGAGCAAGAGGAGCACAUCGAAAAGGUCGGUGGCUGGUGGCCUUACCUUCAUGAGGUCAGGUUCCUCUUACCAUACGUUGUCCCUUUCAGAGAUCGACGACGUCAACUCUACGCCCUAGCUAUGUUAAUACUCACGGUUGGCGGGAGAGUCUCCCAACUGUUCGGCCCUCGGAUUCUUGGCAACAUCGUCCAGGCAAUAAGCAACAACCAUAAUGACAGCACGCUCCCCCGACAAAUCCUGAUCUAUAUCUUUGCGGUCAAGGUUCCUUACGAUAUCGUGUUGGAACCUGCAAGGAAGUGGCUGAGCGUCAGACUCUUCUAUGGUAGCUAUCUAGACUUGCUGCUGUCGCUUGCUUCACACGUCGCCGGCUUGUCCUACGCUUUUCAUGAGAACAAGCAGACCGGAGAAAUGAUAGCUGCGAUCGGACAAGGUCAAGUUGUCAACCAAUUUGUAGACGACUUCGUCGAGAGCACCCUUCCACUUGUCUUAGACAUUGUGGUCGCGUUCGCUUAUGUCACAUAUCUGUUCGACGUGUAUGUGGCAUUGAUACUCUCAUGUACGUACGUCUUCUAUGGGAUAGUGACAUACAAAGGCACGAUUCUGUGCGCAGCUGCUCGUCGAAAGUACCGAGAGACGUCGCGUGUUGAAUGGGACGUUCUCCAUGAGUCUAUCGCGAACUGGAUGUCGACUUUCUAUCUCAACAGGCAAGACUACCAGCACAAUCGCCUCAAGACUCUGAGUCUGCAGGAACUGGCUGAACAGGCUUACAACUACGAUUUAUCUAUGGUCAUGCGAAUUUGUCAGACCUUAGUGGUAACUCUGGGAUACCUCGGUAUUCUCCUUCGCACCGCGCAUCUCACCACGCACAUCAAAGAUGCCGUGGGAAAUUUUGUUGCACUCCUGUUCUAUUGGAACCUUUUCACCAAUCCUCUCUUCAAGCUAGCACACUUUUACCACUCCUUGAUUCAAGUCCUUGUCGACGUUGAGCGAUUGCGUCAGCUCAUGCAAGCUGAGCCAACAGUGCUCGAUGAUGAAAGCGCCCAGGAUCUCCACUUCCGCGAAGGUAAAGUGGAGUACCGAGGUGUGUCUUUCGCAUACGAUGGGAAUAAUCCGGUCAUAAACAAUCUUGCUUUCACCAUCGAACCCAGUUCAACAGUCGCCUUUGUCGGCCAGUCCGGUAGCGGAAAAACCACGACUUGCGACAAGUUGCUCCUCCGCGCAUACGACGUUACCGAAGGAGCCAUCCUCAUCGACGAUCAAGACAUUCGCUGCGUGACGCAAAGGAGCUUGCGAGAGACCGUUGGUAUCGUCCGACAGGAGCCAAUCUUCAAUAACGACACCAUAUUGGAAAACGUGAGGUAUGCGCGGCUAGAAGCCAGUGAUAUGGAGGUCAUAGCGGCUUGCAAGGAUGCCGCCAUCCACGACCAGAUUAUGAGGUUUCCAAUGGCCUACAACACAGUGGUUGGAGAGCGAGGUGUGAAGCUAUCCGGAGGUGAACGACAGCGGCUGGCCAUUGCCCAGCUCUUCCUUCGCAAUCCAAAGAUCGUUGUGCUCGACGAGGCUACUUCAAGUGUUGAUAAUGUUGCCGAAUCGGAGAUACAAGAGUCGUUCGCCAGGAUAUGUAGGAGGCGCACGACCAUCAUAAUCGCGCAUCGUCUUUCAACGGUGCAGCACGCUGACCAGAUCUUUGUCUUAGACAAGGGGUCCGUGGCUGAGCGCGGCACGCACCAUGAGCUUCUGGAGAAGCAUGGGAAGUACUUCCAGCUCUGGAAUAAGACACAGACGGUAAAGCAGCUAAAGUGCGACUUAAAGAGAGUUGAAUCUUGGGCGACCGACGCAGGAGAAGAUCUCAGCUACCCCGCAUCGUCUGACGAUGGUGAAUGCGAAGAUGAUAGUGACUACCCUGCCGAUAUUGUGCAAGUCGAUGGAGCGAGCAGUAGCAAGCAAGCCGACGAGGAACGCACAGGAGUUAGAAGAAGGAUUCGCAAUAUGAAGUACAAGCUCAGUGGUAAGAUCCGGACCACAGUUGACGAGAACAUUGAUCCAGAUGGCGAUGAUGAAGAGAAGAUGGCGCCUAUCCGUGUGCUGUCUCCUAGAGCAACUGAAGCGAGCCCGCCGCCCACUCUAUCACGGCGGUCGUCCUUCGCUUUUGGAAGAUCGUCUCGCGCGCUAAAGGCCAACGUCACAUCUUCUCCAAGUUCACCAAGUGCGGUUCAUGGGCGGACUAUCUCAGCGCCCAUUUCGCCACUCCGUGUGUCAACGCAAGGAAUGUGGCCCUUGCAUGACCCUGUGGAAGUUUUACCGCCUGGUCAUGUGCAAUCGCAGGAGCCUGUGUCCAGACACAGACAAGCACCACAUAUGUCUACGCCGAGUCGUAUACCAGUCAGCAUUUCACCGCUUACGACGCCUGUGCGCACGAGGCAGAACACUGCACGUGAGAUACUGCUGCAGUCACCACAGUCUCCAGGACGCAAUGCGGCGCUGAGGAGUCAUCCAAUUUUGAGAGUCGAAGAAAAGGUUGACGGGUCCGGUGCAACGUCUCAAACGGCUAGGAUGACGGCUGGGGCCCCGGAAGGCGCCGGAGAGGAAUCCUGA